ACCGUGUCCCGGCCCGCCGUCGCAGGGCCCGGACCCGGGCCGUGGAAGCGGGACUCCCCGCCUGUAGCUGCAAGUUCCUCUCCUGCGUCUUUGCAGCGUCGUAGCCCUGUUGCAUAGCUUCUUCAGACUUCAUUAGUUGCUGCUCUUUUCAUUCAUCUGCCCGUAAAUGAAGAGGUUUCCUGGUGCUCAUUCCUCAUCCAGGGAGCUCGCGGUCCUCUUGGCUCCUUCCGCGAGUGGGUGUCCUUACUCCCCAGCGCGGGUCUCCUCCGGUGCGAGCCCCGGAUCCUCCCCAUACACCUGUACCGGUCGGCAGUGCAGUAGCUGGCUUCGCUGAGUCUGCCUGCAACAACCGCCUUAACUUACUUUGACUUGAUGCUCGCAGCGACUUUUUAGGUGAACAGGAGGGGAAAAAUGGAGAACCGAUAUGCCAGAUGCCAGAGAGAAGUGAUGGGACGCGUAGUAAGAGCCCCUUUACGUUUGUAGGUAACUGCAGACUAUAGCGAUAGCGGAUGGAAAAACGAGCAGAUCUGGCCUUCAGAAAACCCGGUUAACCUGCUGCCUCCUUACCGCGUGUACAUUUGUUUCAGGAUCGCCAGUAAACUCGGGAGUUGACCUCGAUUAUCAUCCAGCGGUGGAAAAGCGAAUUUAGAAUCGGCAUUAAAAAAAAGUGUGACUUUGUUCGCAGAGGUGUGACAAGCAGCAUCCGUAGGAGCAGGAGAUGCUGGGUGAUGGACUAGUAAGCCAAAGGUGCCCGUCCCGGUUCAGCACUGACUAGGUCUGUCCCUUGGGGCAGGUUACCUGACAUCUCUAGUCUCAGCUUCUUCACCUGAAAAAUGUGGGUGAUGAUAUCUAACUUAGUGAGUUGUUUCAAGGAUAAAGAAAAAUCACGCAUAUUAGACCCCUGUGCACACCCACCGCCCGGCGUGAAAGGUGACAUUUGCAGACAGAAAAGGUAAACUGUCAAGGAAUUCAUACCAUUUGGUACCUGUUAUUUGGACCAAGUUAAGGAGUUUUUGAUUUUUCAGAUCAACUGGUAACAGAAAAUGAAAAGUAGUGUGGCUCAGAUAAAACAUUCUGGUCAUGACAGAAGGGAAAACUAUAAUUCCUAUCAAAGAACGUCCUCUCCAGAAGACAGAUAUGCAGAACAAGAAAGAUCCCCACGGGAUAAAGAUUACUUUGAUUACGGCAGGUCAGACUAUGAGCAUUCAAGAAGAGGACGUUCUUAUGAUGGUAGUGUGGAAUCACGUAGGGACCGAGAAAAACGGAGAGAAAGAGAAAGAGAUACGGAUCGUAAAAGGUCGCGGAAAUCCCCAACUCCUGGGAGAAGAAGCCCAGAACCAUCAGUAACCCAGACUUCCUCUACUCAGGAUGAACCUACCGCAAAGAAGAAGAAAGAUGAGCUGGAUCCUCUUCUUACUCGUACAGGGGGAGCAUAUAUUCCUCCUGCAAAGCUCAGGAUGAUGCAAGAGCAGAUUACAGAUAAAAACAGCUUAGCGUACCAGAGGAUGAGCUGGGAGGCCCUAAAGAAGUCAAUCAAUGGUCUUAUCAAUAAAGUCAACAUUUCUAACAUAGGUAUUAUUAUUCAAGAACUUCUUCAGGAAAAUAUAGUUAGAGGAAGGGGCCUGCUAUCCAGAUCUGUUUUGCAAGCACAGAGUGCUUCUCCAAUCUUCACUCAUGUUUAUGCAGCAUUAGUGGCAAUUAUAAACUCAAAAUUUCCACAGAUCGGAGAAUUAAUUCUCAAGAGGUUAAUUCUUAAUUUCCGAAAAGGCUAUCGAAGAAAUGAUAAGCAACUUUGUCUUACUGCUUCAAAAUUUGUGGCACAUCUUAUUAACCAAAAUGUGGCACAUGAAGUUUUAUGCCUAGAGAUGCUCACUUUGCUCCUGGAAAGACCAACAGAUGAUAGUGUUGAAGUAGCUAUUGGUUUCCUCAAGGAAUGUGGCCUCAAAUUAACACAAGUGUCACCAAGAGGAAUCAAUGCUAUAUUUGAGCGCCUCCGAAACAUUCUUCAUGAGUCUGAAAUUGACAAAAGAGUUCAAUAUAUGAUUGAAGUGAUGUUUGCUGUACGGAAGGAUGGAUUCAAAGACCACCCUGUUAUCCUAGAGGGACUGGACUUAGUGGAAGAAGAUGAUCAAUUCACCCAUAUGCUCCCUCUGGAGGAUGACUAUAAUCCAGAAGAUGUUCUUAAUGUUUUCAAGAUGGAUCCUAAUUUUAUGGAGAAUGAAGAGAAGUACAAAGCUAUUAAGAAAGAAAUUCUUGAUGAGGGAGAUAGUGACUCAAACACAGACCAAGAUGCUGGAAGCAGUGAAGAAGAGGAAGAAGAAGAGGACGAAGAAGGAGAAGAAGAUGAAGAAGGUAAAAGACAAAAAGUGACUAUUCAUGACAAAACAGAAAUUAAUCUAGUUUCAUUUCGGCGUACAAUUUAUCUUGCUAUUCAGUCAAGUUUAGAUUUUGAAGAAUGUGCUCACAAAUUGCUGAAAAUGGAGUUCCCUGAAAGCCAAACAAAAGAACUCUGCAACAUGAUACUUGACUGCUGUGCCCAACAAAGGACAUAUGAGAAAUUUUUUGGCUUAUUAGCUGGGCGAUUUUGCAUGCUGAAAAAAGAAUACAUGGAAUCCUUUGAAAGUAUAUUCAAAGAACAGUAUGAUACCAUCCAUCGCUUGGAAACAAACAAAUUGAGAAAUGUUGCUAAGAUGUUUGCUCACCUUUUAUACACUGAUUCACUUCCAUGGAGUGUUCUCGAAUGUAUAAAGCUGAGUGAAGAAACCACUACGUCAUCCAGUAGAAUUUUUGUUAAGAUAUUUUUCCAAGAACUGUGUGAAUAUAUGGGUCUUCCUAAACUUAAUGCAAGAUUAAAGGAUGAAACCCUCCAGCCAUUUUUUGAAGGGUUAUUACCCCGAGAUAAUCCAAGAAACACUCGGUUUGCCAUCAACUUCUUUACUUCUAUAGGUCUUGGAGGUUUAACGGAUGAAUUGCGUGAGCAUCUCAAAAAUACACCAAAGGUCAUUGUGGCACAGAAACCAGAUGUUGAGCCAAAUAAGUCCUCCCCUUCCUCUUCCUCUUCUGCAUCCUCCUCUUCAGAGUCUGACUCCUCUGCCUCUGAUUCGGACAGCAGUGACAGCAGUUCAGAGUCUUCCAGUGAAGAGAGCGAUUCUUCAUCCAGCAGUAGUCAGAGCUCUGCUUCAGCUAAAGAUAGAAGAAAGAAGGGACAAGGGAACAGCAGAAGUAAAGAAGUAGAUAAAUUGAUCAGGAAACAACAAACCCACAAUAGGAAACAAGAAGAAAGAAAGCCAGAGCAAAGACAUCAGGAAACAAGGACUGAAAGAGAAAGACGGUCAGAAAAAUAUAAAGAUAAAAAUUCACGGGAUCCAAAUUGGAGAAAUCCCAUAACAAAAUACACUUCAGACAGAAGUGUUCCUUCUGAACGAAACAGUUACAAUAGAAUCGUGAAUGACAGAGACCAAGAAGUGCACACAGAUUUGGAAAAUAAGCAUGGUGAUCCCAAAAAAAAGAGAGGAGAGAGAAGAAAUUCUUUUUCCGAAAAUGAGCACAGACAGCGAAAUAAGGACAGUGAAAAUGUUGUAAGAAAAGAUAGAUCAAAGUCAAGAGAAAAGACUAGAAAAUAUUCAGGCUCUAGAAGUGAUGAAGAUAGGUAUCAAAAUGGUGCCGAGAGGCGAUGGGAAAAAUCUAGCAGAUACUCUACACAAUCCAGAGAAUCAAAGAAACAUCAGGACCGGCGAAGAGAAAAAUCUCCAACAAAGCAAAAAAAAUAAUUCUACAAAAUUACAGAAACUGAACAUGCCUUAUAUUCAGUUGAGACAAAUUAUUUUUUACAUUAACGAACUUUAUAGAGAAUUCUUGUAUAAAGUACUGGUUUGUAUUUGUACAUUUAAAAUUUUUUUUCAUUUUAACAUGUUUUAUAAUUGAUACAUCUCAAGGCCCUCCACAUAAAAUUAUUUGAGAAGUUUCAUUAGAGAGGGAUGUAAUUCUUGCUUAUAUUUUGUUAAUAAAAUGAUCAAAUGCUCAUUGAA